CAGGUAUCGUGGCACGUUUGAGGUUAGAUACGCUUGCUCGCUUAUUGAAAACGGGGCUUGUUGGAAUCUUUCAGAACUCCGGUUGGCCCAGUCGGAUUGAAAAUUUGUUGAUGGAAAUUGCAUAACUAAUAGUGGGGACUGUGCCUUGCCGUUUGCAAGUGGAAAAAUUCUGUGAUCGUCAGACGGUGUCACUCGAAAGAUAGAAAGUAGGAAAUGCUGUGUGAACUCCAAAGACGCUGUGCCUAACCUAACCGUAGAUGAAAGCCUGGUGGAUUCUGAAAAGGUAACCUCGCAAGCACUGUAUGUAGAAAGUUGGAUGAAUUUCACUGUGGACAUCCUAUAGAAUGGGAAUAUUAUGAUCCACUAACCCUGUCCUAUGACUUGUGCGACUGUUGUCGCGUUCUUUGGAGGAAAUGGGAUAUUUCGAUGAAAUGAGUGGUUAGGUUCGUUAGGAGACGUCGAGAUUGUCAUCGAUACACAUAGGAUUUCCACGGCACUUUCCCGGUACUCGCCAAGAGAAUCGUCAUUAAAAUCAUUAUCAAGGGGAACAGAAUCGCCGGUUCUACGUAACAUCGAUAUUGUUCAUGAAAAGGGCGCUCUUGGUACCGGUGCUGGUAGUUGUGGUCUAAAAGGUGUCAGCAGCAACACCAAUAUCAGCAAUAGCAACAGCAGCAGCGAAACACGAGGAGGUGGCACAUUGGCGCAGGACGAUGCGCGGUGCGACUUCACGAGAUCAGAGAGGGACGUGAGAGUCCCAGUAGAGGUCGAGGCGGGAGUAGCCCACGGAAUAUAUACAUGCGUGGCAAUACAUGCCCGCAAACAGUCGACACGCGGCAGUCGUGCAGAGCGAAGCGAUACGUGAUACCGCGCAAAGAGGCUGCAGCUAACGUGGACAUAGAAUGAGAGGAGGGUGCGCGCGUAGAAUUUCAGAAUAAAAUAAAAAACUGUAAUUGAAUGGAGUGCGCGAUUAAUACACAAUAGGAAAAUCGUUGAGAAACACGUGUAAAAUACUCAUAGACUGUACCGGUAACGAUUUUGAGCUUGAGGAUAUCGAAAAAAAAAAAAGAAUAUUGCAGGCUGGUCUGUGCUACUCCAUUCACGAUUUACGAUGAACGAGAGAGAACCCCAAAGGAUCGGCAAGACAUUCGUGCCAGUGACCACUACGAACCUCCUUGUCCUUAUUGACGACUCGGCCGAUCGUUAAGGAUCAACGAUCGUCUUGGAGGAAUGAUAUCGUCCCCAGUAGCUGAACUUGGGCAACUCUUGUCGUCACGACUUUGGGAUAAGAAGAUGAGCAUGUACGGGAUGCGGCGGACGGUGUUCGACACUUGUUGAACUGCAGGCGAUACCGGAGGGUGCUAACUCUGCGAGGAGAUCGCAAGAGCAGCGAGAUAGAGGAUAAAGAAGAAAAAUAGGAAAAUAACACGUUAAAGGCAAAGACACCCGUCGAGUGUUACAGAUCAAAUCAUCGAACGACGAGCAGUGCAGUGUGUGAAGUGUACGUCGAGAGUGUCUUUAAAAAUAGUUUGAAGAAUAAUAGCACCGUAUUAAAAGGAAAUAUAUAUAUAAAGAUAAACGAAAAAAAAAAGAAAAACAAAAAACUGCAGAAACAAAAGAUUAAAGCUUGAUAAGUGCACCCCGAUCCGUACCUGGCCGAGGCCACGAACGCAUGUAGCUGGCUAUGGGCAAGCAUUUAAUAAUUCCCCUGGAAUCUCAAGAAAUCGGUAGAAAAUCCAGCGCGAUCUCGAUCGGCAGUGGCGUUGCCGGCCGUCUGCGCCGGACGUUAACGAUCAUCGAAAGUACCACGACCUUUAGUAGUAUAGACACCGGUAGCACCAGGUCCAUCGUCACUGCUACCAGCAGUACCACCUGUACCACUAGAUCUGGCAUAACCGCCCCUUGGCGGAUACGACGUCCAGGUCGCACAGACUUGCCAAAGUCCUCCUCUGGUAUUAACAGAACUAUCUCUAGUGUCCUCAUCAGUGUCAUCGUGAUGGCACUGCUUGGUCACGCGUUUGGCGUGCCGACCCCUGGCCCAGGAUACCUAGAGAGUCUCGUCAGAAAUGCAGCUGGCGACCUCCAAGUGGACGCGGAGGAUGUCUUUGCCAAGGAGGAGGAGAGUCUCGCGUUUCCUGGAGCAGCCACCGAUAGGCUGGAUGAUGUGGAACUGGACAGAAUCAGGAGGAGCAUCGUCGAAGGUUUGGGACUUGACAGGAUACCGGAUCCCUCCAAGGCGAACGUGAGUCAGGCUGAGUACGAGAGGGCGCACAGAGAGUACCUGAAGAGGACAGAACUGUCACACGUACGAGAGGACAGGAGGCGAAGAACGCUACACACUUUUCAGCCUACAGAGUAUUUCGGUAACGAGACGGAGUUCGUCGUCAAGGAGGAGUUCUCGCGUCGUCUCUACUUCCCAGUGGAGUUGCCUGACGAUGAUUCCACGACCGAAGUGGAGCACGCUAAUCUGAGGUUUCUCUUAGACGGACACGAGGCAUCGACCGAGGAACCGGAAGUGCUAGUGUACCAAGUGACGAAUGAUGAUCCCAGCAGAAGACGCCUAGUGUCACGUACGAAACUUCCCGCGAUCCGACCUGGUGAAUUGCGCUGGGUCGAGUUCGACGUGAGUGAAGCGGCCGCGUCCUGGCUCGAGGAUGGUCAGGACAACCUGGGCCUGGUGUUGCGAUUCAGGCACGGCGGCCAUCCUCGGCCAAGGAACUUUCGUUUACCGACGUUGAACCUCUUUACCACGGUGAUGACGUCGGACCUGGACAAUGUGCUUGGUGACGGUAGUGCAUCGUCACGUCGUCACAAGCGCGCUAUUCCCGAUCAGUUGAUGUCCUUUCAAAAGGGUAGACGCACCGAGUGUCGGGGCGACAAUAAGAAGUGCUGCCGCCAUCGGAUGACCGUCAUCUUCAAGGACCUAAAGGGCUUCGAAUUUAUAAUACAACCAAAGACUUUCGACGCAGGUUACUGCAAGGGCAGAUGUCCGCCACGUUACAAUCCGGCCCAUCAUCACGCCCUUCUACAGAGUCUCAUCUGGAAGGAGGAUCGCAAGAAGGCGCCACGACCCUGCUGCGCCCCCAGCAAACUGGCUGAGCUCGAGAUCCUCUACUUCGACGAGAACGACUCGACGAAACUGAAAAUCUCAAACUGGAAGAACAUGCGUGUCCUUGAGUGUGCGUGUUCUUAACGGGCCUCAGAGGUUCCAGGUUGUACUAGCUAUGCGAACGCUUGUCCACGUAUCUAAUUAUAUACGUGGACGAGGUUUCUAAUUGAACCGUUAUUAACGAGGACUCACCAAAGAAUCGUCCGACGCGGCCCGGCGUCGCCGUCGGGACGCCGGGCGAGCCUCGAGUGUUAAAGACUGCGAGAUAUAUUGGUUGGCCCCAUUAUAUAUAUACGUAUAUAGUGUGGUUAUAUGUAUACAUAUAUAUAAAUACGUAAGGCCCUAUUGAUCGGCCCUAUUGUAUACGGCCCUAGCCCUGGCUCUUUUCCUCAUGGGCAUCAACCCUCUGACUGUGAUAUAAGAACGUUUACACGUUUACUACUCGUUACUAUUCGUAUUGUAUUUUGUACUCGUAAGUCGUUAGAACACUAAGUAAGCCACGUAACGCAGGAAAAAAAACGUACUCAUUCAUGUAUCUAUAGAACUCGCGUACAUAUUUAUUAAUUUAUUACGGUUACGCUAGAGGAACACGAAUUUCUAUCACGGAAUGUAGAAUCGCGAUAUUGGGCACGAUGAACGAUAAUGCCCAAUUUCGUACGUCUGUGCACCCUAGUUCCACGUUGUAUUGUAUAACACGCUCGUUGAUUAUUAAAAAAAAGCAAAAAAAAACAAAGGAUAAACAAGAACAACACUCGCUUCGCAGAACCUUCCGUUUUGUUUUAGUUCCUAUAGGUUAUCUCGCAAUAAUUAGUCUCGAACGCUUCCACCGUUGUUUUCCAUUCUUAAUUAUAUAAAGCAUGUGCAUUAAGGAAAGAUUGGCUUCUACUUUCAAAAUAACUCAAUUUGGAAAAUUCGAGGAAGGUACAUAAUAUGUAUUUAUAUACGAUACGUGCGUGUACAUAUAUUAAUACAAAUACCUCAUGGAGAGAGGUUAUGUGCACUCACCAAUAUGUGCAGUACCUUCCGUAUCGCGAGUUUCGUGAGGCCUCAAAACGUUUACGCACGCGAUAUUUACGAAUUCCUUUAAAAACUUUCGUACGAGUGCCGGUUGGGCUUUUGAGUAUUUAGAGCCGGUAGAACAUGCCGAGUAAUGAGAAACGGUUGUGCGCAUGCGCAGGUAGGAAUACUCAUUGCGCCAUUUAAAUAUAUUUGCUUGUUCUCUUAGGCGAGACAACAUUUGGCUCGCGACCACUUCAAAGAAUUUUGACUGUCAAACAGAAUGAGAUUCUAUGCCGCUGCUCACUCGAGAGGUUAUACUUAAUGGCACGGACGUGAAAUUGAAUGGAAAUAAUAUUGCCGCCAUUGGCAGCUAUGAAAUUCAUUGGGGUACGUACUUUCAAGUCCCGCGAUCGUUCUCUUCUCGGUAAUGGAAAGCAACUGACUUCCGUAUCCGUCGCGACUAUAUUUUUUUUAUUUGCUCUUUUAUGAUCUUACCGUCACGAGGAUAAUAGUAUGUAAACUGCACUUUGGUUUUUACCGAGUACACGUUAUUGGUAUAUUCGAGGAAGUAACGCCACAAUCUUUGCCAGUCAUUUGUCACUCUCCAAUCGUUCGUGCCUUUCAUUCGUUUUCUAUUUAUUGUAUCAUUUUAUUAGUCCGUUUACGUUUUUUUAAUCUUCCUUCUCUCUAUUCGCUCUCAAUUUAUUUCUUAAUAUUUGACAGACACGCGACAGUGCACGUCAGCAAUGUUCGCGCGAGAUACGUACGAUACACCGUGUGCACCGAUCGUCACUGUAUCGCGCGCACUUUGCUAACGGACGUUUCUUUGACAAAUUUUUAUAACGACUAGAAAACGUCGUAUUAUUUAUAGCCGAGAAUUAAAUAAACAAUUAUUUUAUUUCCUGA